CGGCGCGGCGCCUGCGCCGUGCGGUGCAUGCUGGGCGCCCCUGCGCGCCGUGACGGUGCAGAUCGCCAGGCUGCCCGCCGCCGCGCCCGCGCCGCUCCGGCCUCGCCGCUGAGGGGAGCCUGCGCCCGCGCUCGGCCCGGCCCGGCCUGGCCCGCCCGGCGCGGCGAGGAUGGUGGGCGUCAAGGUGAUCGCCAACGACACCGAGUUCCAGCCCGAGCUCAGCGCCGCCGGCUCCCGCCUCGCCGUGGUGAAGUUCACCAUGCGCGGAUGUGGCCCUUGUUUAAGGAUAGCCCCUGCUUUCAAUGCCCUGAGUAACAAAUAUCCUCAGGCAACGUUUUUGGAGGUGGAUGUACAUCAGUGCCAGGGAACAGCUGCUACCAAUAAUAUAUCAGCAACACCAACAUUUCUGUUUUUUCGAAACAAAGUGCGAAUCGACCAAUAUCAAGGAGCAGAUGCUGUAGGUUUAGAAGAAAAAAUUAAACAGCACCUGGAGAAUGACCCUGGAAACAAUGAAGAUACAGAUAUCCCAAAAGGAUAUAUGGAUUUAAUGCCAUUUAUCAAUAAAGCUGGCUGUGAAUGUCUUAAUGAAAGUGAUGAGCAUGGUUUUGAUAAUUGUUUACGUAAAGACGCUACCUACCUGGAAUCAGACUGUGAUGAGCAGCUGCUUAUCACUGUUGCUUUUAGUCAACCUGUCAAGCUUUAUUCUAUGAAACUUCAGGGGCCAGAUAAUGGACAAGGUCCAAAGUACAUAAAAAUCUUUAUUAACCUUCCUCGAUCUAUGGAUUUUGAGGAAGCAGAACGAAGUGAACCAACUCAAGCCCUGGAGCUAACACCAGAUGAUAUUAAAGAAGAUGGUAUUGUUCAGCUUCGCUAUGUAAAAUUUCAGAACGUUAACAGUGUAACUUUAUUUGUCCAAUCCAAUCAUGGUGAUGAAGAAACAACAAGAAUUACGUACUUCACAUUUAUUGGAACUCCAGUCCAAGCAACAAAUAUGAAUGAUUUCAAGCGAGUAGUUGGCAAAAAAGGAGAGAGCCACUAGGAUGCUAAAGACACUGGAAGGCCUUAUUGCAGUCAGAUGAGAUCUUCACCUUUAUCUACAACUCCUGGAUAACUGCUUGACCAUAGCCAGAGACCGUCAGUCUGUUUCGAUUAAUGCCAUUAUCAAUAAAUCAUUGCUUUUGUUGAGAUGGAGUUUCACUAGUGUGUUUCUGUUGUAAUCCCUGGUACAUGUAUUUGUAAAUAAAAUUCACUACUUUUGCCAAGUUUAAUUUUGUUAUUCUAGUAACUGUGGCUCUUUCAUUGUUCCAUUUAAACUUCAAAACUAGACUGGCUUAUCUUAAGAAACAGAAGACAUAAUGUAGCUUGCAUUUGUUUAAGGACUUUAAAAUGUCAAAUAUAAGUAAAACAUAGAUGGCUGGUUCACAGGCCUUUUAAAAAUAAAAUUCAGAGCUAGUUUGUUAUAAGGCUGAGUGAAAUUAGGAUCAUUGUUCCCACAAAAUAAAGAUAAUUCUCAGACAGGAAUAACUGCACCCAUUCUGGAACACCCCCUCCCCCCUAGCCCCCCCCCCCCCCCCCCCCCAAAAAAAAAGGAAAAGCAUAAGAUGAGGAAGCCUAUUUUAAGAUUCUGUUCCAUUAAUGUGCAGAUUUGUUGCAAACAGCAUGCUGGUAGAAGUUUUUCAGCAUUAAGAAUUCUUGAGUCUUUUGGAUUUUUUUUGUUUAAUAUCAUUAGAAAAUAUUGAUCUUCUUUCCCAGGCAGACUCCAGCAAGCUGUGCAGUUAUGGGGAUGAAUAGACAUCUGUGCCUCCCCCUGCUGCCCCCCCCCCCCCUUUUAAUUCCUUAUUUCUUUUAUUGGGCAUUUUUUCCUGUCUCUGCAUCUUGAUAAGGAAAUGCUUAUUGCAAAUACUAGUUUCACAUCUUAAUUGGAAUUCCUAUGCUACUUUGGUAUAUUUUCUUGGAAGUGUGCCCUAAGUAAUUUUAAUAAAUUGGGCAUUGAUCGGCACUAUAUACAUAUAAUACUAUAUAAAUUCCCAGUAAAAUUUACUAAGUGUUUUAAUUGACAUAAUUAAUUUCUUUGUAAAGUUACAUUUCUAAUUACCAUAAAUCCCACUAAGGCUUAAAUCCUGUCCUAAUUGGCAUUCCUUCCUUGAACACAGUAGGGUUCUUCUUUUCUGGCUUGGCAGAUUUGUAUGUUAAUACCAAGUUAACUUUCUGUUGGCAUAUAUAUUUUCCCCAAACAGAAAACUGGGAAUUGUCUAGAAAAACAUUCUUUUUGUGAGGCACUCUUUUUACUGUAUCACUGCAUAUUCCAGUUUACUCAUCUACCUGUAUACUUAUAUCUAAUGGCAUGUGAUGAUGACUUGAUUUCUUUCGUACUUAAUGUUUUGCUUCAGUGGGGGAUAUAAGGCAUGUAAGACACUGUAUAUAGAAUAUAAAAUCAUUUUUAAAUAUAAUUGAGGGCAAUAUAAAUAACUGUUCCUGUUUAUAAUUUUGUACACUAACUACCUUUUGGGUUAUUGUUUAAGUGCCUCAUCUUAAGUAUUGCUUACCUCAUAAUAUUUAUACCUGAGAGAAUUUGAUAACCUAGUGAUUCUCAUCUUUGUAAAAGAUUAGUCAAAUUUAUAUUGUUUAUGAGACUCUUGUGAUUCCAUUGGUUGCAUGAUGCAUACCUUCCAUAAUGAUACUAUGUAAAUAGAUUUAAAUAAAUGUUUAGAGGUAA